AUAAAUAUUAGGAAAAAUCCUUAUUGGCCGCUAGCUUAUUGUCCGCUAGCUUGACUUUAGUAUUUGGCGGCACAUGUUAUUCAAAAGAUUAAAAAUAGAUUGAAGGAGUGAAAGUACUCUGAGGAUGUCUUCAUUUAUGGGCUCGCCCCAAUUUUCACACCAAGACUGGCUAGAGGGUGCAGCCAGACAGGUGGACCGACAACUCCAGGAUGAAAGAAGUUACCAGGAACUGUCGGACCAACUCAAGGUGCCUGUUCACAAUCAACCAAGCUUGAGUGGAUUAAAUGAGCUCGAUUAUCCUAGUUUACCAGAAGCUGGGAUUUCCAUUGACAGUCUGUGUGAAAUUAGCAAUGUGAAAAGGGUUCCCCUACCCCCAGAGCUGGUGGAACAGUUUGAACGAAUGCAGUGUAAUUGCAUGAUGGGUCUUUUUCCCACUAUUGAGAGAGCCUGGUUGACUAUAGACAGUGACAUUUUUGUAUGGAGAUACGAAGAUGGCACAGACCUGGCAUACUUUGAUGGACUGAAUGAAACAAUACUUAGUGCUGCCUUAGUUAAACCAAAACAAGGUAUUUUCCAGCCACACAUUCAGUACCUUUUGUGCCUUGCCACUCCUGUGGACAUAGUCCUAUUGGGCGUCAGUUUCUCCGGGCCAUAUGAUAAUAUGACAGCAGACAGUAGGAGUGGAGAAAUGCACCUCCUCCCAGAGCCUCUGUUCUCUAUCCCUACAGACAACACAUACAUUGUCAGCAUCACAGGGGCCCCCAAUGGGAGAAUCUUCAUGGCUGGGAAGGAUGGCUGUUUAUAUGAAUUAGCUUAUCAGGCAGAUGAUGGCUGGUUCAGUAGAAAGUGCAGAAAGAUUAACCACUCAACAAGUGCUCUGUCCUUCCUGGUGCCUUCAUUUCUCAACUUUUCCUUCAGUGAGGACGACCCGCUGCUACAGCUGAGUCUAGAUGACUCCAGAAAUAUCCUGUAUGCCUGUACAGAGAAAGGAACUAUUCAGGUUUUCGACCUGGGACAAGAUGGACGGAGUAUGAGUAGAGUGGCUUCCAUACCACUAAACACUACAGUUCACAGUGCAGCCCUCAUCGCCAGGACUGUUGAGAGAUCCAACUUCAAACCUAUUGUACAUAUCAGUGCCUUGACCAAAUCGGAGUCGACAAAUAUUCACCUCGUGGCUGUUACAAAAACAGGAGUGCGAUUGUAUUUCACAACAAACCCAUUCGGUGGCAACAAAGGACGUCCUGGCAUGCUGUCUCUGGUUCAUGUUCGACUUCCUCCAGGGUUCUCUGCAUCCACAACUGUUCAUAAACCGCAAAAUGUUCACAUGGCUUAUCACAAAAAAGGAACUUUGUUACUGGUGGCCUCUCAGUCGGAAGACAGUGAUAUACUGUGGACAGUCAGCAAUGACUCAUUCCCAUUUCAAGGGCAGCUCAUGGAAGCACAUAGCACUAUUGCAGUAGAUGGCCGGACCUGGGCGAUGUGUGAAGUCACCUCAGGAGAGCCAAAUGUUGUUGUAGAUAAGCCAGAUCCCCCCGCUGUGGUCACCCAGCACUCAGAGACCCCCAGAAAGUUUAUUCUUCUUAGUGCCCAGGGGAGUAACAUUUUUAUGAAGAUGAGGCCGGUGGACCAGCUCAGACAGCUGUUGAUUGAUUGUCAGGGUCCAGAUGCUGACGAAGUCAAGGCAUUCUUCAGAUUACAUAAGAUUGAACAGGCUUGCUCCACAUGUCUUAUUCUGGCUUGUUCAAGGAUAGCGGCAGAUCAACAGGUUGCUACGUGGGCCACCAUGGCCUUCUUUAUGUAUGGUGGUGAACCACAGCUGAAUUUUACUGGAUCCGCCAUGGGAACAGAUGGAAGGAUGAUGCCAAGUAACCUGGGAGCAAUGGGUACCUGUCUUCACCAGACAUCAACACCAGCUCCAGGCAUGGGUCAUCCAUACUUCCAUCCUUCCAUGACACCCGGUCCAAAUAUCACACAGGAAAUUAUAUUCUCAGGGAAACACAAUGGCAUUUGUCUAUAUCUAGCCAGGAUUCUCGGGUCAAUAUGGGAGAUCAACGUCACUAUGGAUUAUCCUCGUCAGUCCUCACAAGGAAUCACAAACUACCUUACCAGCAGGAUUAAUGGUGAUGAUCUGAACAGGAUUUUGGAAAAUGUCCGAGGACUAUCAGACUUUGUAGAAUUUAAUUCCAGGUUUGACACCGGCCCAUCAGAAGGCAUGAUGUCACAAGUUCCUUUUUCUCCACACAUGAUGGGACACAUGGAUGAGCAAGGUCGCAAAAAAUUACAAGCUGAAGCUCAAAAGAUGGAAAAAGUGUCCUUGCAACACAUCCAGGAACUGAUCCGACGAGUGGAGGAGGUGCUAGGAUUGUGGAGAAUCCUUGUGGAUCACCAGCUCCACAUCAUUGUAUCCACUCUCUCUAAGGAUCAACAAAAUCAGUUAAGGGGUAUGAGUUUCAAACAACUUUCCACUCAUGCAGCAGGAAAAGAGAUGUGUGCUUCUUUAAUCACCUGUCUAAUCACUCGCUAUCUGGAUGACAAUGCCACCAUUGAUGCCAUCAGUAGCAGACUACGAGAAGUUUGUCCCUCUCUGUACAGCUCAGAUGAUGCCACAUGUUCAAAGGCGAAUGAGCUCUUGCAAGCUGCCAAAAUCAACAAAAAUCAGAACGAGAAGAUGACGCAGCUAAAUGAAGCACUAAAACUAUACAAAGAGGUGUCCCAGCCCCUCCAGCUGCAUGUGGUCUGUAACCAGUUAGCUGUGGUCCACUUUUACACCGGUAUUGUUGACCUAUGUUUGGCCCUGUCCAAGAAAAGGGAUCCCCAGAAUCUGGCCCUACAUUACUACAAAAGCGGUGAACCUCAUGACGACAUCCAGGGCAUGACAAGUUAUAUGUCCAGGAUGGAAUGUUACAACUGUAUCACAGACACUCUAGCCUAUUUAUUAUCAGCAAGUGUCUCCCAUCCCCACGCUCCCAGUGUUCCCAAAUCUCCGGGUCCACCCCCUCAACCGGACCCAAAUAGGAUGACCACGUAUGAUGCAGAGAAACAUAAAGAGGAGGUUUUCCGCAUGUCGCUGAAGUCAGAUGAUGAGAUGUUUCAUGUUGCUUUGUAUGACUGGUUCUUCCAUGCCAACCUAACAGAAAAGUUAUUAGAGGUACAAACACCGUUCAUCGAGCCAUAUUUAAAAAGGAAAGCCACCUGUCCAUCAGAAGCCAUAGGAGCUUUGGACAUGUUGUGGAAACACUACGAGAAAUGUAGAAACUUUUCAGCAGCCGCCAGAAUUCUAUCUAGGCUCUCUGAAAGACUAGGGACUGACAUGAACCUGCAACAGAGGAUUGAAUACUUGUCCAGAGCCAUUAUGUGUGCCAAGAGUUCAUCUACGAGAACAAGCUCUGCUGUAGAGGGCGAGUUCCUGCAUGAACUAGAGGAGAAAAUGGAGGUUGCUCGCCUCCAGCUUCAGGUUCAGAGAUCCCUCAGUAAAUUACCCAGCAACAUUCUGGAUGUUCAGUACGCUCUCACGAGCCUGGACUCGGAACUCAUGGACCUCACCAGGCUAUAUGAGGAGUUCGCAGACAGAUUUGACCUCUCAGAAUGUAAACUGGCCAUUGUCCAUUGUGCGGGAUUGUAUGACGGAGCUCUAAUUGAAAACCUUUGGCAGAGCAUUAUAGAUAAAGAAAUUGAAGCAACAACUAAUAUGAAUCCCAAUUCGAGAAUAACCAAUCUGCAGAACAAGCUGUUGCCGAUUGGAAGACUGUACAUUAAGUCGGACCGAUACUUCCCUAUAGCUUUUAUUGUGAAGUAUCUGGAACAAAGGAGCUGUGAUCUAAGUUUGAACACAAAGUGGACAUUUCUUCUCAUGUUGGACAUUGGUGUACCGCCUGCGAAAUUGCUUGAAAUUUAUGACCGAUUGUUUAAAUCAAGGGAUCCAUAUUGGCAACAAGUCCAGAAGCCAUUGAGAUUAUUAGAAGUUCUUCAUGAUUUGUUGUCACACAUUUGUGAAAAUCGCACCAUUAUCCCAGCUUUUGAAAGACGUUCCUUCACAACUCUGUGUUUAGAUUCUGUGUCUAACUACCUGGUGGAACUGCAGACCAUGAUGAAUACGCCACAACAGUCUUCUGUAGUUAGUCACUUCAAACGUCUGCAGGCCCAGUUAGAGAGGUUCUGACACCAAACAUGUGCAGACUAUUGAUACCAAACUUGUGCACAGAAACUACAGACUUCUGGUACAGGAGUUCGGAUUCCAACUGUGUAUAAUUACAAACUUGGAAUAUACAUGAAGUACAUAAAAUUGUCAUUUCAAUGGAGCAGUCAGAAUAUAUUGUACUAUGUACUUGAAUAUGUAGUUUUAAUUCAUCUAUAAAUUAUUUUUGAAUGGAACAAAUUUCAAAUUAAAGCAUUUUUGAUGUGUCUGUAUUUAAUUAAUGAUGUACAGGUAUUUUGUAUCAAGUUACCAGUAUGCAAACAUGCAUAUAAAAAGAAGAAUGGUAGUGCUUUAACAUCAUUCUUCUCUUGUUAUACUGGUGUAUGUGGACAUGCAGUGGCAGAUGAUCAAUAUGCAUGCUGCUUUGUAACAUUUAUAUACAAGGAAAUGAACAGAAUAUUGUAGAGACAGUGAAAGUGCCAGAUUGUUAUUGUGAGAAGAUGUGUCAUAUUAAUGUGAAAUAAAUCUGGAUUUUAACAUGAA